AUUAUGAAGACAAAUAAUUUUAUUCCUCUUGUCCAUUACGCGAUCCUUGCUCUGCUAUUUUAAACGGAUACAAUUGGAUCCACGCCCAUUGUAUAUGAAGCAUGAACUGGCUGUGUGCGAUCGAUCAUCCAGAAAUCUUCUUCCGGUUCGCAGGAUAUCACAUUGUUUACUCGAUCAGCUGUUUUCAUCUUCCGUAGUGGGAUUUACGCACUGGAUUAGCUUGUGAAUAAAGGUCUGGUGGACACCACCAUUUAAAAAGAUGAUCCCUUAGAAAGUAGACAAAGUGCCUCCCGAGAAAUAUCUAAGAUGACUAAAGCAGGCAAAGACAAGGAAAUGCCUUUCAAGAAUGGAAGUGUCGACAAAGAAAGUGUAUCAACGGAUGAAGCACCACCGGCACCACCUGAUGGGGGAUGGGGCUGGGUGGUUACCUUUUCCUCCUUCAUGAUCAGUUUUCUCGUCGACGGAGUUUGUUUUACCUUUGGACUCUUAUUCACAGAAUUACACGAGUAUUUUGGCGAGAGUAAAGGAAAAACGUCUCUGCUAGGUUCUGUAUUGAAUGGCGCCUACCUUUCUCUAGGGCCUAUUGUAGCGGCCUUCUGUAACAGGUUUGGGUGUCGGAAAGUAGCCGUCGCGGGGGGUAUUAUGGCAUUCCUAGGGUUGUUUUUAUCCUCAUUUUCACCAAAUUUAGAUGUUAUGAUUUUCUUGUAUGGAUUUGUUGGAGGAGCAGGGUUUGGUUUUAUGUACCUACCGUCCAUUGUCAUGGUCGGGUACUACUUUGAGAAGAGAAGAGCUUUCGCCACAGGUAUCGCUGUUUGUGGUAGCGGAAUCGGAGGUUUCGUCUUUGCACCUAUAACAAGCUUUCUACUAGAAAAAUUUUCUUGGCAGGGGACCCUAUGGAUUCUGUCUGCGGUUGUACUCAAUGCUGUGGCGUUUUCGCAAGCAUUCCGACCCCUCUACACAAAAAACAAAGCAAUCAGCAAAUGUUCAAAAAAUCUAGAUUUAAAAGACAAAGAAUUAAAACCAUUUUGUGCUCUGGAUCUCGAACUCUCUGAAAAACAUCCCAUCUAUCGAUGUAAAUCUGUUGAAGUUGUGCAUGUUUCCAAUGGUAAAAAUGACACAGUAGCUAGACUUGCUCAGAGCCAGGAUAUAUCUUCUCUCAAUGACAAACCACAUCACAAACAUCAGCAUUCUGAAACAAGUACAUUAAAACCAUUAUCGCGGAAUGAUAUAUUUUACAGCGGUAGCCUGAAGAACAUUCCUCACAGUGUCAGUAGAAACAGUAUCAAAGUAUCGGUGUCUAGUUUAUCUAAGGAAAAGGACAGUGAUUCCGAAAGUUCGGAGGAAGACAACGGGUGUUCAAAAGUUGCCAAAUCUCUCGCGGCUUCCUUCGAUUUUACACUUCUCAAAAGUCCCACCUUCAUUAUCUACGGGAUUUCCUGUUUUCUUUGUAUGUUUGGAUUUUUCAUUCCAUUCAACUUCUUGCCUGACCUGGUACACGAUCUGAAUCUUGAAAAAAGCCAGGGAGCCACGCUGAUCGCCAUUAUUGGAGUGAGCAACACAUUAAGCAGGUUAUUGGUGGGUUUUGUCACCGACCAGCCCUGGGCAAACUCCCUCGUCAUCAAUAACCUCGCUUUGGUGGUGGGAGGGGUCACGACCUUUGCUGUUCCAUUUUAUAACAGCUUUCCACUUCUGAUUGCUUACAGCAUCGUGUUUGGGGCAGCUAUAGCGGCGUUUGUCUCCCUUCGGUCUAUCAUUAUGGUGGAGUUGAUGGGAAUAGAGAAACUGACCAAUGCCUUUGGUCUGGUUGUGCUUUGUCAAGGGUUAUCUUCCUUUAUGGGUUCACCCAUUGCAGGUUCAUUGUCGGAUGAAACGGGUACAUACAACAUUACUUUUUAUCUAGCCGGUGUAACUAUGUUUUUGGCGGGAGUAAUUUGUGUGCCGCUGCGCAGAGUUGCUAAGUGGGAGGGGCUUCAGACAGAGACGGAAGUUAAUGUACAAACCAAAGUUGUAGACAAUGAUCCGGAAUGUUCACCAAUGCUCAACGAAAAAUCAUGAUUUGCAGAAUAUCAGCUGAAUACUGUCUUUUACUGCAAACAUGUGUUGUUAUUAUUUUUUUAGUAUGUUUUGUAUAUAUUUUUAUAAAAAUCUGAAAAUCAG